CAAAUUAAGAACUAAGAGUAUAUAUUAGCACUAUAUACAAAAAAAAAUCAAAGAAAUCAUGAAGAAGCAAAAGAUAACAGCGUUUGUUAAAGAAGUGAACGUAAGAAUGAAGAAAGAACCGAUCACUCUCCGAUACAUUCAAAUCCUCGGGACCGUGGUAUUCUUCACAUCAAUCUCAUCUCUCGUCAUCCUCCUCGCUCUUUACCUCAACCAACGCCUCCAAACAUCACUCUUCCUCGUCGACGAUCUCUCCUCAUCAUCAAAUCCUCUCACUUCUCCUUCUCUCUCGGACGAAGAGCUGAUGCGGCGAGCAGCGAUGGCACCACGUGGCACGGUGAUGAAUGAUCAUGAGGCUCAUCAUCCAAAGGUUGCGUUCAUGUUUCUGACGAGGUGGGAUUUGCCUUUGUCCCCUCUUUGGGAAAUAUUCUUCAAAGGCCAUCAAGGGUUUUAUUCCAUUUAUGUUCAUACAUCGCCGGAGUUCACCGACGAGCCGCCGGAAUCUUCAGUGUUUUACAAGAAACGGAUACCAAGCAAGGCCGUUGAAUGGGGAAGAUCGUCGAUGAUGGACGCAGAGAAACGUCUUUUAUCUCACGCGCUUCUGGAACCUUCCAACGCUCGCUUCGUGCUCCUCUCAGAGACUUGUAUCCCUCUCUUCAACUUCACCACAACCUACGCUUACCUCACGCGCUCCACUCGCUCUUUCCUCGGCUCAUUCGACGAUCCAAGGCCCAUGGGCCGAGGCCGUUACAGCCCGAAAAUGCUUCCACACGUGUCGCUCUCCGACUGGCGGAAAGGAAACCAGUGGUUCGAGAUCUCACGGAGAAUCGCCGUCGAGAUCGUCUCCGAUCGCCGGUACUACGCCGUCUUUGAGGCUCACUGCCGGCCGCCGUGCUACAUGGACGAGCAUUAUCUUCCGACGCUGGUUAACAAGAUCUGCCCGGAGAUGAAUUCGAACCGGACCGUGACGUGGGUUGAUUGGUCGAGAGGUGGGCCCCAUCCAGCGACGUUCGUGAGGAAGGAUAUCCGGGUCGGGUUUUUGGAUAGGAUCCGGUUUGGGUCGAAUUGUAGCUACGAGGGUGAAGUGACGAAUGUGUGUUUUCUUUUCGCGAGGAAGUUUCAUGUGAGCACUCUCGAGCCUCUCAUGAAGCUUGCUUCAUAUUUGUAUGGAAGUUAAUUAGACCUUAUAAAUUCAUUUUUAUUCCUUUUAUACAUCACUAAACUCUCAGUUAUUCCUUUAAAAGAAUAAAUA